AGUUCAGUUUGGAGGCACCACUGAUGAAAAAAGGUCACUGGGGAAUGUGUUGGUUGAGGAUAAAAAGAGGAUUUCUCAGCAAAUUUGAUUUGAAUGUAAAGGAAAAUGAGAAGGCUUUGGUUGAACGUGGACAGUGCGAUGUUCCAAACUUGGUUCAUAAUAAACAGCCCAUUUUUGGAAUGACACCACCAAUUCCUUCUUUAUCUUUCGGAAAAGAAGAUGAAUAUUUUGUGGAGGAAGAUGGGUGGACUCAGAUUUUGUCCCAACUUCAAAUUAGUUCAAAGGAACAACCCUGCUCUUCUCUUUUCUUCAUUCUCUACCACUCGGGCUUCUUACAACACUCUCGUCUCUGAGAAUGAUUGAAGUUAUAUGGGGUUGAAAGCUGAGCAAUU